GGUAGAUUAGCUUACCUAGGUACAAAGCGAUAUUUGCGCGCGAAACUGUUAUCGACGGUACUCACAUUCUACCUCACUAAAAUGUCUGAGGAUGACUCGCGAUUGUUACAGAAUGCCCAGCAGUCUGGAGACACCGCAGAGAAGACCAUUGAAAACGUAGAUUUUCAGGACUCGGGAUUUUUCACGAGGCCUGGCUCCCCGGUACGCCGCCUGCCAACACCCGACGAGGUCAGAGCUGCCGCCCGUGCAGCACAGCAGCCCCAGAACUUUGACCAUCCCUCGCCAGUAAUAUUCCCAUCACUUGGGCUGCUGGUGAAAUAUGGAGGCGGAGUUCGGGUUGCAGAAGCAAAAUGUUUACGUUUUAUUCGGCAGAAUCUGCUGGGUCGCGUGCGUAUUCCCGAGGUGUACGGUUGGCGAACGGAUUCCCGUCAGACAUUCAUCUACAUUGAGUUCAUCGAAGGGGACACACUAGAAAAACUCUGGCCAACUAUGAAUGACAAGGAGCGAACUACUAUUUGCAGUCAGCUACGACGCAUGGUCGAGGAAUGGCGUGGACUGAGACAGGAUAAAGCUUUCUUAGGAAGCAUUGAAAGCGGGCCUCUACCAGACCGGAUCUUCGAAGGCGCCCCGGAGACUGCUGGACCUUUUCUGUCUCUGCCGAUAUUCCAUGACUGGUAUACAACUGCGAUAGGGCCGAAUAAGUUUAAUUGGGAAGGCAAGAAACCACACCCUUUUCGAAUCAAGUUCCCGGAUAAUGGCCCCAUUGUCUUUACGCACAGCGAUCUUCACCCCAGCAACAUCAUUUUAUCGAAAGACGCGGGACAGCUUCUUCACGUUGCUGCCAUUAUCGACUGGGAACAAUCCGGAUGGUAUCCUUGGUACUGGGAAUAUUGCAAAGCGCGAUGGACUUCUGAGGUUGGAGCAGAGUGGGACGAGAGGUAUUUGCCUCAAUGUCUCGAUGUUGAUGGCGUGAGUUCCAAGUUAGACGCCUGCGAUUCUGAUGGCUUAAGUCUUUAUAACUAUUGGGACUAUUUUGUGCUGGCUCGAGGGGCUUAAUAUUAGCGAUAGACUGUACUGUCAUAAGUUAUACCUGAGAGUUUCGCGAAUGAAUAACUCCUUCAAUUCAACAUCGACUAGCACGAGUUAUCAUGCAUGUUGGUAUAUAUUAGACAACUCUCCUUAAGACUAUGAAUGUACAAUUAACCACCUUAUUCCUAGGCUUUUCAUAUAUAGCAACCUAAGAAUGG